CCCAGAACUCUCAGAUGUCCAGUAGUUGUCAGAGCAUCAACAGUGUGGCCAGUGAGGGUGAGGGCAGCAGUGUGGCCAGUCACACCAGCUGUCUGUCUGGUGGUGGUGGUGGAGGAGGGAGAAGACACUGCUUCAUCCCCUACAGGGACUCAGUCCUCACCUGGCUUCUCAAAGACAGCCUGGGAGGAAACGCUAAGACCAUCAUGAUCGCCACUGUGUCCCCAUCCAGUAGCAGCUACAAUGAGACUCUCAGCACCCUGCGCUAUGCUGCUCACGCUAGGAACAUCGUCAACAAGCCCAGGGUCAAUGAGGAUGCGAGUGUGAGGCUGAUCCGAGAGCUACGUGAGGAGAUAGACAGGCUGAAGAGUACGCUGCUCAGCUUCCAGAUGCAACAGAAUCCUGGCCCUUCUCUGAGUGAUCAGGGAGACGGGAGUCUGUCUGACAUCGUGUUGCAGAACGAACUAAAGGUGGAUGAGCUGACGAAGGACUGGUCAGAGAGCUGGCGGGACAAGAAGGAGCUGUUGGAACAGUACAGUGUGGAUAUCAACAGAGACCGAGGUGGGUUCCUCAUCCACUCCCUGUUACCACAUCUCAUUACCCUGGACCGGGACGUACUCAGCACCGGGGUCACCUUCUAUCACCUCAGGGUAUAUACAAUACACACUUUAGGAUACUAACACAUACUUCC